UCUGCAGUGUCAGGGACGAGCAGGGGGGGAUUAUGGGGGAUUUGUGUUGACGUUGAGGGAUUAGUGGUUUCAGACCCAGAAUGAAAUAGACUGUGUUUCUGGGUUGUUGGUAAUAAUGGCGCUGCAGCCCCGAAGCAAACACUGAAGCAUCCCGCAGGAACCAGUCAUGAGUCAGCUGCGGGUGUUAGCGGGUGUGCUGCGAGGCGGAUGUGCAGGGGGGAGCCAGUGGCUGCGCGGGUGUGGUGGAGGGGCCACGGCCUGCAGGCGCCGCUGGGUCGAUCCCCGGAGAGGCUGCUCCUCCGGGGCUGCCCCGGUUCCCUCAGCGGUGGCCGGCAGCUCCAGCUAUAUGGAGGAGAUGUACUUUGCCUGGCUGGAGGAUCAAAGAAACGUCCACGAGUCCUGGGACACAUUCUUCCGUAGCAUCCAGGCCUCCAGCCCGUCUGGAGAGGCGGGUGAAGGACGCCCCUCCGCUCUGCUCCAGGGCCGAGUCCUGUCCCACUCACCAGACAUGGCACAGAAAGUGGUGGAGGACCACCUGGCCGUGCACACUCUCAUUAGAGCCUACCAGAUCCGUGGUCACCAUGUUGCACAGUUAGACCCGUUGGGAAUCCUGGAUGCUGAUCUGGACUCCUUCAUUCCCUCGGACCUGAUCACCACCAUCGAUAAAUUAGGUUUCUAUGGUCUUGAUGAGUCUGACUUGGACAAGAGCUUCCAGCUUCCCCCUACCACCUUCAUCGGAGGAGGAAACACCACUCUUCCUCUGAGAGAAAUCAUACGCAGACUAGAGACAUCCUACUGUGGUCACAUAGGAAUGGAAUUCAUGUUCAUAAACAACGUGGACCAGUGUCAGUGGAUCCGUCAGAAGUUUGAGACUCCAGGGAUCUUGCAGUUCACUAAUGCUGAGAAGAGAACUUUGCUCGCCCGCCUGGUCAGAUCCACACGGUUUGAGGACUUCCUGGCCAGGAAGUGGUCUUCAGAGAAACGUUUUGGUCUCGAGGGCUGUGAAGUGUUAAUCCCUGCUCUGAAAAGCAUCAUUGACAAAUCGAGUGAGGCGGGCAUCGACAGUGUGAUCAUGGGGAUGCCACAUCGAGGUCGAUUGAAUGUCCUCGCUAAUGUGAUCCGUAAGGACCUGGACCAGAUCUUCUGCCAGUUUGACCCUAAGUUAGAGGCAUCUGAUGAGGGUUCAGGUGAUGUUAAAUACCACCUUGGGAUGUACCACGAGAGGAUUAACCGCAAGACUGACAAGAACAUCACACUGUCGCUCAUGGCCAACCCCUCCCACCUGGAGGCCGUGAAUCCAGUGGUUCAGGGAAAGGCCAAAGCUGAGCAGUUCUACAGAGGAGACACAGAGGGAAAGAAGGUCAUGUCACUCCAGAUUCAUGGAGAUGCUGCUUUUGCAGGACAAGGAGUUGUGUAUGAGACCUUCCACUUAAGUGAGCUCCCCUCCUACACGACACAUGGUACAAUCCAUGUGGUGGUCAACAACCAGAUUGGGUUCACCACAGACCCUCGGGUCGCCCGCUCCUCUCCUUAUCCCACUGAUGUUGCUCGUGUGGUCAACGCGCCCAUCUUCCACGUUAAUGCUGACGACCCCGAGGCUGUCAUGUACGUUUGUCGGGUUGCAUCAGAGUGGAGGACCACCUUCAACAAGGAUGUGGUCAUUGACCUGGUUUGUUACAGACGCUUUGGACAUAACGAGAUUGACGAGCCCAUGUUCACUCAGCCGCUGAUGUACAAACAGAUCCAUCGGCAGGAGCAUGUGCUGAAAAAGUACUCUGACAAGCUGAUCGCUGAGGGAGUGGUGACACUGCAGGAAUACGAGGAAGAAGUUGCCAAAUAUGACAAGAUAUGUGAGGAGGCAUACACCAGCUCCAAGGAUGAAAAGAUCUUACUUAUUCGACAGUGGCUCGACUCCCCCUGGCCCGAUUUUUUCACAGCGGAGGGAGAACCCAAGAGUAUGAGCUGUGUCAACACGGGACUGGAGGAGAAGGUUCUGCAGCACAUUGGCCAGACUGCCAGCUCCGUGCCUCUGGAAGACUUUAAGAUCCACUCUGGCGUGUCUCGUAUCCUGCGAGGUCGUGCAGACCUGGUGAAGAAUCGUCAGAUGGACUGGGCUCUAGGAGAGUACAUGGCCUUUGGUUCUCUCCUCAAAGACGGCAUCCAUGUGCGACUCAGUGGGCAGGAUGUGGAGAGGGGCACCUUUAGUCACCGUCAUCAUGUUCUUCACGACCAAGAGGUGGACAAACGCACAUGUGUUCCCAUGAACCACCUGUGGGCCGACCAGGCUCCCUACACUGUGUGCAACAGCUCCCUGUCAGAGUACGGAGUGCUGGGUUUUGAGCUCGGCUUCGCCAUGGCCAAUCCAAAUGCUCUGAUCCUAUGGGAGGCUCAGUUCGGUGACUUUCACAACACCGCCCAGUGUAUCAUCGACCAGUUCAUCAGCUCGGGCCAGGCCAAGUGGGUCCGCAACAAUGGUAUCAUCCUCCUGCUGCCACAUGGGAUGGAGGGAAUGGGUCCUGAACAUUCGUCAGCUAGACCCGAACGCUUCCUGCAGAUGAGCAAAGACGACCCCGAUCACUUCCCUGUGUUUAAUGGAGAUUUUGAAGUCCAGCAGCUGCACGACUGUAACUGGAUCGUGGUGAACUGCUCCACGCCUGCUAACUACUGUCAUGUGCUCAGACGGCAGAUUCUGUUGCCGUUCAGAAAACCGUUGAUUGUUUUUACUCCAAAAUCUCUGCUGAGGCACCCGGACGCAAGAUCCAGCUUCGAUGACCUCGCCACAGGCACUAGAUUUAAGAGGCUGAUUCCUGACGAGGGUCCUGCAAAUCAAAGCCCAGGUCAUGUGAAGAGGGUGAUUUUCUGCACUGGUAAAGUCUACUACGAGCUGGCUAAAGAGAGAAAGCUACACAACCUGGAGAGUGAUGUCGCCAUUGUCAGACUUGAACAGAUCUCUCCAUUCCCGUUCGACCUGGUCAGAGCAGAGGCAGAAAAGUUUGCCAACGCUGAGCUGGUCUGGUGUCAGGAGGAGCACAAGAACAUGGGUUACUAUGAUUACGUGCGGCCACGUUUCCUCACAGUGCUGGCCAACAAGAAACACAUAUGGUAUGUGGGACGGGGACCUGCAGCCGCGCCUGCAACAGGGAACAAGUCCACUCACCUGAAUGAGUUGAGGAGGUUCCUGGACACGGCUUUCAACCUGAGCGCCUUCCAGGGGAAGCACAUGUAGAGAGUGGACUAAUGGAGUGAGAACCAGGCUGGAGGUGCCAACUCCAGCUACCAGAGUUUCAUUGUUAUUUCUUCUCAUGGCCCAGUUUUACAGCUCCUAUAGAUUUAUGACAGUCUGGUGUCAGUAAACACAAUCCUAACCCUUGAUGAGUUUACAAGAAAGAUAAGUCUACAACACUAACUGACUUAAUGCUGAACUGUGGUGUCAGGAGCAACCUGGAGGACAGUGUAGAUAUAAGAAACUAGGUUUGAGGUUUCAAACAAAUACAUAGUGGUAACUCCAUGAGAUGCCCUGUUUGCAGUGAUCUUCACUGUAAAGCACUAAUGUAAGCAUUAGUUACAGUAGAGCAGCAAAUUGUUGGGGCUGGUGCUCACUGCUAUUCCCUGGCCAUGCUUGUCAAAUUAAAUCAAGUCAUAUUUGUUUAUAUAAUCCAAAAUAUAUAUUUUGUUUUUUUGUAUUUCCUUAAUUUGUAGAAGGACAUUUCCACAAAAAAAUCAUGUAGUCUGAUCUCAGCUUUACUGGGAACAUCUGCACUAUAUUUAACCAUAUACCACAUAAACAAUCAUAACCAUUUAAUCAUACCACAGAGUAUAGUCUAACACCUUUAUUUCUAAAUAAAAGCUCCUUACAAAAUAAUAUACAAACAUUAAACAUGAUCACUCACAGAAUUGCCACAUGAGCAUCCACAGUAGGUCAGUGUUGAAGUAGCAACAGUAAAUUCCUUGUACAGUCAAAUAUCUAAGUUUAGAUUUGUGACAAUCACUGUUUUGAAGCAGCUUUAGUAAUGUAGAUACCUCCAUUGUUGCUAUGCAGAAUACUAGUUUAUAUAUACGUAUAUAUAUAUAUAUAUAUAUAUAUAUAUAUAUAUUGGUGAUUUAUAUUUGUAGUGAUUUUUGUAUUUGAAUAGAAGAAGCACACACUGAAUGUGAAUCACACAUCACAGGUAUGAAGACUAUUGUGAGAGGAAACACAUCAGUGGGUUUUAGUGCCUGCAUUUGCUUUGGCCAUCUUAGCAGUUAGUGAAGGAGUGUGUAUUUAUUGUCACACCUCACUUCAUCGGGAGACAUGAGCCAGCUGGCACAGAGACUUGCAGCCAUGUUUUCUACGUAGGACAUACGGCUCGGCUUCCUCUUCGGAGGCUGAGAGACGCACACAACACACAGCAAAGCCUUGGAUGCUGUGAGAGCAAUACUGACGCUUGGUUGUCACAUGGAAAUCCCCAGGUAUUUAACAGCACUGGUAUUAUCUGCUCCUUAAAAAUUAUGCUUCCUGUUUAAAUAUACUGUAGCUUUUCCUUUUCCUCUUACAGCUGAAAGAGUUACUUAUAAGCCAUACACAGACAUGAUUCAAUGACUAUUAAGGUUUAUGUAUUUUAAUUUAUUAAUGAAAAACAAAUGUUCAUGGUGGAUGGGGUUUUACUUAGACCAGGAAUAAUUACAUGUGCAAUAAAAUGUUUCAAUCCAA